UGGGCUCCCAGUUUGGGUCCUAUAAAACCUACCUAAACUGAAUCCCUCUUCCAUUCGCCAUUCCAAGACCCACCAUCUGAAACCCACCACUCAAACCCACCACUCCAAUUAGUCUCUUCCCCCCCCCGUCUCCGUCGUCCUGCCCAUGGGUCCCUACAGCCUGUCCAGUAUAUCUGUGGCCUUGCCCUUUUAUCUCUGCCCCUAACCAUGUCAAUAAAGGGUUCCCACGAUUUUCUUCCCUUGCCUUUGUGGGCGCGCAAGGUCAGGUCCAAUCGCAGAUAUACGCGCUUGCUGGCGAUCAUGUUGGCUUCGGCUGCUGUCUUUUGGGCGCUGGUGAUGCUGUCGCGUCCCCACCCGGUUGCCACUCAGUCCCUCCCAGAUCCUCAAGUCGCCUACCGCGAAGAAACCCAAACUUUCCCUAGACAAUUCCAAGGCUUCCAUUCCACGUUAGACCGCUUAAAAACCUUCGAAGACUUUGACAAUCCCAAGGUCUACGACGACCCCCGUUACCAAAAACAUGGCACCGGUCCUACCCCCAAAAUCUUCCUCCCCUACCCCGACUAUGAGAGCCUCGAUUACCAGAAUAAGCAUCGCGGUGAAUUCACUGCCUGUAUGGGCCCCCGUGGGAAAUUGUUGAACGAGAGUAUGGACGACCAGGUUGGCGUCUACGCUGGACUUCCCAAUGGAUUCCCGCAGCCCCAGUUCGGCUCCUACGAGCUCCUCGGUAUCGACGGUCGCAUUUCCUACGAUCGCUACUUGAGAUACGGUCCCUACGGUCUGGGCGAAAAGGAUGAAAACGUGAAGAACUGGGUCCGACCGGAACCCGUGGACUGGGAGAAUGUCGAUUGGGGGCGGCUGCAACUGGAGUGCAUCGGCCAUAAUUCCGACCGGUUCGGCCUGGAGUCGCUGUAUCAAGAGUCCAGCAAACCCACGACCCCCAAGAACGCCGAGCUCGCCCCGCUGCCGCGCUCCGUCGUACUGAUCCGCACCUACACCGGCCACGAGUACACCGAAAAUGAGAAGCAGUCCAUCCGCGCCAUGAUCACCGAGCUGGGACUCCAGUCCGGCGGCGAAUACGAGGUCGUCCUUUUCGUCCAUGUGAAAGAUUGGGACGUCGCCCUCGAUUCGGAUGACACGCUGCAGACUCUGCUCGAAGAGAACAUUCCCCGGGAAUUCUGGGGGAUCACCGAGUUUUGGAAUGUGCCGACCGUUUCUGCUCGCUACCCGCUGCUGGAUCCUGGUGUCAUUGAUGUCCACUUCUCGCAGUGGCUCUCCGUGCAGCAUUUCAUGCUCGACAAUCAGCAAUUCGAAUACUUCUGGAACUGGGAAAUCGACAGCCGCAUGACCGGCCAUCAUUACGAGUUCACCGAGCAAGUCGCAGCAUUCGGACGCAAGCAACCGCGCAAGGGCAUCUGGGAGCGCAACGAACGAUUCUACGUACCCGAAUACCACGGCGACUACGACACCAAGUUCCGCCAGCUCGUCUCCACCCAAGCCACCCCAGGCAUCUGGGGCCCCAUGCCGAUUGCGGACUUUGAGGGCGGCAAGGUGCAGCCCAUGGGCCCGUGGCCUCCCGUCAACGACGAGGCCGACGAUCAGUUUGAGUGGGGCGUCGGCGAAGACGCAGACUACAUGGGCUUCCUCCCGGCAUUCAACCCCCGCUUCACCGACUGGGUCAUCCGCAACCAGGUCUACGGCUACCUGGGCGAGGACACCCCGCGCCGCGCGACCCUCAUCACCCACUCCCGCCUCUCCCGACGCCUUCUCAUGGCCAUGGACGAGGAGAACCUCCAGGGCCGCCACAUGGGCUCGGAGAUCUUCCCCGCAUCGACCGCGCUGCUCCACGGCUUCAAGGGCGUCUCCGUUCCCCACCCCAUCUUCUCCGACCAGAAGAUGCCCGGCAAGCGCGCCGACCGGUGGUUCAACUCCGGCGUCGACGGCAAGGCUGGCAACAACCGCGACAGUCCCUUCUCCUGGGGCCGCGAGUCGCGCUUCGAGUGGGUAUCGUGGUACUACCGCGCCAACCUGCCUGGUCUGUUGUAUUGGAACUUCCUCGGCUGGAAGAAAGAGGGGACAGGGGGCCAGAAGUACGAAAACACCCACGGGCGCGUCGUCCUCCCAUCCAUCCUCUUCCACCCCAUCAAAGACGUGCAUCCGGACUCCGACAGCACGCAUUACAAAUUCGACGCGGACCUGGGCGUCGAGGCACGACCCGACGAGAUUUCGUUAUAGACUUAGCUUUGUUUUGAAUUUGCCAUCUCAUUUUUUUAAUCCUUGAUUUUACGCCAUGCCUUUUCCUUACCUUCUGUUUCUUUUACCUACUUUAAACGUAUCAUCAUUCGACAUGACCUACCCUGACUCUUUCCUUUUGCGUGGCGUGUUUGCUAGAGAGGGUUUUUCAUAGUUAUUCUCUUUGAUUUGAUGUGAUUUGCGUGUAUGUGUGUGUGUAUAUGUGCUUGUUUGCUUGAACUCUUGCUUUGCUAUGAUGGAUGUUGUUGAGGUUGAGUUGAUGGAAGGAGGAUGGGAAAGGGGUGUCUACCCACUACUACUACUACUACUAUUCUUGUAAAUAUACCGCUGAAGACAUUUUAUUGGCUGUAAUAGAACAAACUACCAUCUUCUGUGA